AAGAAGAAGAAAAAAAGGGGGCUAAGACAUGGUAGACCACAAUCCUAUGGUUGGAGAUGAGUAUUUGCUGCCCAUGAACUCCUUAUGCCCUGUUUGGAUUGACCAGAGAGGGCAAAACCAGAGCAGGGACGAACUUGGAAUUUCACUCCCUUCUGUGCUGCUAUCUGAAGGAAAUCUCACCAGACCUCUUCUCAGUUCUAAAGAUUUCUCACCUGGAAAUUCCCAUCCUGCCCCUGGGAAUGUUCAAACGCAGAAUGAUUUCCCGGCCGCCGGAUUCCCAUUUUCCGACGAACUCGACUCUGGUUUCCCAGUUGAUGUUGCCAGAAAAUGGGAUUUUUUGCCGUAUUCCGAUGACCAAACACGGCCUCCUUCGAGAUUCGCAUAUUCGCCGUCGCCGGCGGAAAAUUCACAUGGGUCAUCGAGGUAUCUGGGGGCGGUUCAAGAAAUGCUGUCUGAGAUUGCCAGAUAUUCGCUAGAGAAUGUCAACUCGAUGUGCUUCGACCCCACCAGUUAUAGCGACGAAAUAGGCGGCGCCGGCGGCGGCUCAGCCGUAGGCUUCCCCGAUCCCUUUGGCGGAGCGGCCCACGGAGGAAUACCUCGGGUCGAUGCUGAAACUAAGCGGAAACAUCUCCUGGCCCUGUUACAAGCGGUGGAUGAUAGGUACAACCAAUGUAUGGAGGAAUUGCACAUGGUGGUCUAUGCAUUCCAUGCUGCAACUGACUUGCCCCACACCAUAGCUUCUGCUCCUUCAACCACUCCUCCUCUACACCCCCACCUGGCUCUCCAGACCGUCACCCUCUGGUACAAAAACCUGAGGGACAGAAUCGGAACUUCCAUUCUCGCAAUGGGCAGCCACGGAGGGGCGCCGGAGGAGAAGUUUCUAGAAGCGUCGUCCUCUGCCUCUGCGCUGCAGAGGCAAUGGACGACGCUUCAACAACAACAACAACAGAGGAAGAAGGAGCAUCAUCAUCUUCAUCACCAUCAACAACUAUGGAGACCCCAGCGGGGAUUGCCCGAAAGAUCCGUUGCCGUUUUGAGGGCUUGGAUGUUUCAGAACUUCCUUCACCCAUACCCAAAGGACACUGAGAAGCACUUGCUUGCUGUAAAGAGUGGACUCACAAGGAGUCAGGUAUCGAAUUGGUUCAUAAAUGCGCGGGUUCGGCUGUGGAAGCCAAUGAUUGAGGAAAUGUACGCGGAGAUUAACCGGAGGAAUCACCAUCAAAAUGCAGCAGAGCAAAUCAAUGGGUUUAGAAACCAAAUACGGAGACAGUGGUCUUUGGGAUGAAUUUAAUUAUUGAAAUUGACGGUUUAGGUGUGCUUGCGAGUUGCACAAUUUCAAAGCGAUCUAAUAAAUUUUGGUGCUUCGA